AUGGGCGUUGGCCAAUCUAUAGAAGACCACUAUGACACUCUGAAUAAACGAAUAAAACGCUAUGCUGAAUGCACACCAAACAAGGAGUUGUUUAUAUUCCGUGAUGGGGACAAACGAGAGGCGAUAACGGCUCGCGAUUGGCUGGAGCUAAGCGGGAGAUUUUCUGCGAAAUUAAAACGGCAAGGAUUUCUCCAUAAUGACGUCAUUGCCAAUACUUUGCCCAAUUCUCCAGAGCGGUUGAUCACAGACACGGCCACCAUACUAGCAGGAUGUGUCAGCCUGAACGGACAAAUCCUGCUGUCGGACGGCGCCGAUUUCUUCCUGUCUGCCAGAGCGAGCAGAUGUAGAGCUGUGGUCGUCACUCCCGACGGUGGCUCGCCGGCCUGGAAGCUGCUGCAGCCGUACAUCAAGAAGUCCUCGUCACUUUUUGCCGAGUUGUCAUGUGACCAAGCACCGGAGCUCACGAGGGCUAUACUGGUCACAAGGGAUGUGGAAGGCUCCAUCCCAGCACUGAUGACCGUGCUCAGAGAUGACGUCACUCCGCCGCUGGUCACAGACGUCAGCCCCGACACAGACGCCAUUGUGAUGACAACUUCAGGGAGCACCGGGUACAGCAAACUGGUGCCGAGAACUCACAAGGAAAUCAUCGAUUACUACAAGCUGUUUAUACGUGAUCUGGACAAGAGGCUUCCAAAUCUUCGACCAGGCGACAAGCCUUUCUUCAACGACCGGCCAUUAGCUUUUAAACUACUGCUCGAAGGCCAGGUCCGGCCUGCACCGCAAGGCUGGAUAGCGGGCUAUCCCCACUCGACCUAUUACUCCACCCAACCUCGCCUUCUCCUCGACUUCUGGAAUGGACCCAAGGAAGGUGACGAAAAGUGGAAGGCAAUUGAAGCUGAGGGAUGCUUUGGUGCUUUGCUUUUAUCCCUGGAUCUGGCAACUGUUUUGAAACAGCGAGAACAGGAGAACAACUCAAGCCAGUCCAAGUUCAAGCUCCAGAUGAUGAUGUCUCAGUUUUCCUCAUACCUAACCUUGACAGCCGAUGUGGUUUCAGCCUAUGGUUCUACAGAGGGACAUGUUGUGUCGUCGGCGUCUAUAACUGGUGCUGCAGUCUUCAAAAGCUAUCUUAAUCGACUGGACAACAACCACUCAGCAAGUGAAAAAGCAUUUACUGCGGACGGGUGGUUCAAAACAGAGGACGAUGGAUAUGUAGAUGAUGAGGGGAAUGUCUAUGUUCUUGGAAGGAAGAAUGACGUCAUCAUGUACGGUGCCUACGUUCUGUACCCCACAUGGUUGGAAGAGAAAAUAGCUAAACACCCGGAUGUGAUGGAGGCCUGUGUAGUUCCGGUUCCGGAUCCUGUGAAGCUCCAUGAAAUCUGUGCAUGCGUCAAGACCGACCCCGGAAGUGACCUCACAGAGGAAGAACUACGCCAGUUUUGUGAGAAACUGUUUGUGGUUGAAUCGGAGUCCACUCCAUCGCCUAAAUAUUUCAUUAUCAUGGGCUCAGAGUUCCCGCAGACGGCAUCGGGCAAGACUGACAGACAAGUCCUCAAACGACUGGCUUCGGAAAAGUUUGCGUCAUAA